UGUCAAAAGUAGAUGCGACGAGACAUCAAAAAGUUUAGCGAGUGCUGGGAAAUUGUUCGAAAAACAGUUUUUAUCCAGGAAAAAAUACAAUAUAAGCCGAGAAAAGUUUCAAAACUUGUCGUUCAAAGAUGUCGCUUGUAUGCAGUAUAUCGAAUGAAGUGCCGGAACACCCGGUGGUGUCGUCGAGAUCCGGAGCGAUAUUCGAAAAGCGUUUGAUCGAAAAGUACAUCGUUGAAAAUGAGUGUGAUCCCAUCAGCGGAGAACCGCUGAAGGCGGAAGAGCUAAUAGAAAUCAAGACCCCACCAAUCGUACGUCCUAAACCGCCAAGUGCGACAAGUAUUCCGGCGACACUGAAAAUGAUGCAGGACGAAUGGGACGCACUAAUGUUGCAUGCAUUUACCCAGAGACAGCAGUUACAAACGGCUCGGCAAGAAUUGUCCCAUGCCUUGUACCAGCACGAUGCAGCCUGCCGUGUGAUUGCCCGUCUCAACAAAGAAGUGGCUGCCGCCCGUGAGGCCUUGGCCACUCUCAAACCACAAACCGGUAUCACUUCAAUCCAGUCUAUUCCACAACCGUUGAUUGCCGCAGAAGCAGGAGGCAUGAGCACACAACCGAUCGAACAGGCUGGCAUGAGUGCCGAAGUGAUUCAAAAGCUCCAGGACAAGGCCACCGUUCUGACACAGGAACGAAAAAAGAAAGGUCGUACCGUUCCGGAAGAACUGGUCAGUGCGGAAAAGAUUCGUGGUUUUCUCACCCUGGCUUCCUAUCCAGGUAUCCAUUCGGCCAGUGUUCCCGGUAUCUUGGCGUUGGAUAUUAACCAUUCCGAUCAAAGUAAGAUCCUAACGGGAGGCAACGACAAAAAUGCAGCCGUAUUUAACAAAGAUAACGAGCAGAUCGUCGCCAUCCUGAAGGGACACACCAAGAAGGUCACCAAGGUAAUCUUCCAUCCGGAAGACGACACCGUCAUAACGGCAUCUCCAGAUGCCAGCAUUCGUAUUUGGAAUGUCCCAACCUCACAGACCCAGUUGCUACUUCGCUGCCACGAUGGUCCCGUCACUGGCCUCUCGCUUCAUCCAACGGGGGAUUAUGUCCUUUCCACUUCCUCCGACAAGCACUGGGCCUUCUCGGAUAUCCGUACCGGGCGUCUGUUGACGAAAGUUCCAGAUCCAACCGAUAUCGGUCUCACGACGGCACAGUUCCAUCCAGAUGGUUUGAUUUUCGGCACAGGAACCGAAGAUUCUCAGGUAAAAAUUUGGGAUUUGAAAGAGCAAAGCAAUGUUGCCAACUUCCCGGGUCAUACCGGACCCAUCACGGCGAUUUCCUUCUCAGAAAACGGUUACUAUCUGGCCACGGCGGCUGAUGACGCCUGCAUAAAGCUGUGGGAUUUGCGAAAGCUGAAGAACUUCAAAACGAUCACCUUGGACGAAGGCUACGAGGUUAAGGAUCUGUGCUUUGACCAGAGUGGAACGUAUUUGGCUAUAGCGGGCACGGAUAUCAGGGUUUACCUGUGCAAACAAUGGCAAGAGUUGAAAGUAUUCAAUGAUCACACCGCUCUGGCGACGGGUGUCCGAUUCGGAAAGCACGCGCAGUACGUCGCUUCAACCAGUAUGGAUCGUACGCUCAAGCUGUACGGAAUUGAGUAGGAUUGUCUAGUUUUGAGUAAUUAAUCACUUCUUACAGUAAGUAAUUUGUAAUCUUGAAAAAUGCACUAGAAUAUGGACUUAGAUAUUAGCUUUCCCUGUUCGGACUCAACUUCGCUGAUUAAGCAACUAAUGUGACAAAAUACACUGGAACCAUUUGUGAACGACGACGAA